AUGGCUGUGCGUGGCGCCGAGUUCAUUAAAGAGCCGAACAAGCUCAUCCUUUGCUUCGAUGGUACAGGCAACCAGUUCAGCGGGUCAAGUGCCGACACCAAUGUGGUCAAGAUCUUGAACAAGCUAGACCGGCAUCACCCAAACCAGUACCAUUAUUAUCAAACUGGUCUCGGUACAUAUGAUAUCAAUGAAACGUCUGUCAACAAAUCAUGGUUCGGACAGAUCCGCAGCAGCAUUUCCCAGACGGUCGAUCAAGGAGUCGGCACCACAUUUGAUGCCCAUGUGAUUGCUGGCUAUAGAUUUUUGAUGCGCUAUUAUGAGGCCGGGGACAAGAUCUAUAUGUUCGGAUUCAGUCGCGGGGCUUUCACUGCAAAGUUCCUGGCACGCAUGGUCCACACGGUCGGGCUGCUGUGCAGAGGCAAUGAAGAAAUGGUUCCAUUUGCAUACCGUCUUUAUCAGCGCUACCUAGCAGGAGAAGUCGAAGAUUUCAAAAACGCCGAUUACAGCCAGGAUGUUCCACAGCCCAAUGGAGACAGGCAGCCGCUACUAGUUGACGACAAGCUGGACGAAUCUCACAGCGACACAUACGAGUCAGCCCGCAACGAAAUUAUUGCGUUUGGCAAUACUUUUUGUCGAAAGGAGCCCAUCAAGAAUGGCGACAAAUAUAUUGAGGCUAAUGUCAAGGUUUAUUUCCUCGGUAUCUGGGACUGCGUGAAUUCCGUUGCGGUCUUGGAGCGGGUUCCGCCCAUGCCAGUCAGCAUUGCAGGAACCGCGCACUUCGUUCGACAUGCAGUGGCCGCUGACGAGCGACGAGUCAAAUUCAAACCGGCUUUGCUUUCUCAAGACACUCCGGACCCCACUGAGAACGUUGAAGAAGUUUGGUUCCCAGGGUGCCACGGUGAUGUUGGCGGCGGUUGGCCUGCGGCACAUAAUGUCAACAGCCAGGAUAAGCCGGAGGGCAGCGGGCUGUGGAAAUUUUGCAAGAGGUUCUGGACUUCCUUGAAGCCCAGUGGCGCCAGCAAGGAUGUUCGUACGGACGCCUUUCAGAUGAGCGACAUGACGUUGUCGUGGAUGAUACAAGAGCUAGAGUAUGUCGCAACCCUUGAUGAACGGGCCGGUGUCAAGUGGUCAAAGAGCAAAGACGGGUACAAAAGGGCCUUCGCUCGUGAACAAAGCCAGAACCAAGCUCUUCAGGGAAUCAUCCACGAUUCCUUGGUCUUCGGGAAUUGCUCUAGCUUUUUCAAGGUACUGCUUUGGAAAUUUCUAGAAAUAUUUCCUUUUAUCACCAGAUGGGAAAUUGUCCAUGAUAAGUGGACCAAAGUCCGAUUCCCACUAAAUAAUGGGUCCUACCGUGAUAUCCCACGCGAUGCAAAGCUCCACCAGUCACUUUUGUACCGACUCAGGGAGCUCAAAACAUAUGCACCCAAAAACAAUCAUGGGGACAAACUGGAGCCAUGUCUAAAGGGCGAAGAUGGUCAUCCAGCUCAAUUCAUCAAAGUAGAUGAAGUCAGGGUGAGCCAGGAGCUUGAUCCAAUGCACCAGAUUUGGACUUUCCAAAAUUGA